AUCAAAACCUUCGAACGGAGAACUUCAACGGCGAGCUCGGGAAAUUAAUACUCUCCGACGAUUUGAUUCGAUGUAUUGUCUCUUUUGGCUGUGACUGCAAUUUCAUCCAUUUUACUGAAGUUUAGGAUUACUAAGUGCGUUUAUGGCCUUUUAAGGUUUCUUCUUGAUUGUUUUAAGCGUUUGCGAUUAGUUAAUAUUGGUUCUUUUGCGUAUUUUCAUGAACUCUAGUGCCUAGUUUCUAAUGUUGCAGCAACUGGUUCUCAUACCUUAUAUACACUACUCAAAUCAAUACUUAUCUAUAUACUAAUGUUACUGAAUCUAGGUUCUUUUGCUCUAUAAAUGAUGUACUGGUCCUUAAUACUUUUCACUUAUCUAUAUAACUUCUUGUUACAUGUCGAAGUGUAUAGCUUUAUCCCUUGAUCAUCUUGACUACUUCUCUUCCUUUUCGGCAUUGCUAAUCUCAGCUUCUUUGUGUUCUUAUACUGAUUGCAGUUAACCAGGCUUUGUAUAAUUAAGGGUUAGUUUCCAAUCUUGCAAUGGUGUCUAGUAGUGAAGUUCUUAGCCUAUGUCGUGCCUUGCUUCGAGCGGGACGUCAAUUCCCUGAUUACAACAUUAGGGAGUACAGUAAGCGAAGGACCUUGGAUGGCUUCCGCAUGAACAAGAAUCUCACUGACCCAUCGAAGGUGACUGAGGCUUAUGCUGAAGCUAAAAAACAGCUUUUUGUUGCUGAGAGAGUGCUCAAGGUUUACUUGGCAUAUCCUCCCAAGACCAAGAACAUCAUGGAAGUCAAGCUUCAGUAG